ACUUGGCCCCAAAUAUUUCAUGCAUUAACCAUAUCCUUAAAAAUGAAGAUCAUAUCAAGGAUUUUAUUGCUUUCUUGCCUCCUCUUUUUUGCCUUAUUCCAGGUAAAAGCUGAACCAGUUCUUGAUACUAAUAAACAAGAAGUCCGUCCAGGUUACAGCUACUACAUUUUGCCGGCAACCACCGGCGCAAACGGCGGUGGACUAACGCUAGCGAAAGGCGAAAACGGGAGCUGCCCGCUCGACGUUUUUCAAGCACAAAAUGUUCAGAGCAAAGGCCUUCCUUUAAAAUUCUUAAUGGUGAAUUCAAGUUCAGGGCUAGUAAUUGACGAAAAUGAAGACAUAAAUAUCAAAUUUGCAGCACCAAGAUACGUGUCUAUUUGCAAUAAAACCACUGUUUGGAAAAUUGAAGAUGGGUUUGUGACCACUGGCGGAAUUAAGGGUGGGUCUGAAAAUGGCACGGCCACAAGUUUGUUUACUAUUCAGAAGUAUGAAGAUGCCUAUGCGUUACAGUAUUGUCCAAGAGCUACAGGGUGUUCUUUUAUUUGUCCAAGAUUGUUGUGUGGGUAUAUUGGUAUUGCACCAGCGAAUAAUGGAUCGAGGCGUUUGGCUGUCAAUCGUCCGGUUUUCAAGAUUUUAUUCCAAAAGGCUUAGCAUACAGAGGGCGGACUCAAGAUUUUUCUUAAUUAAAUAUUUAUAACAGAUGUGAACUUAUAUGAGCAAAAGCUAUUAGAAUUAGGUGAACGCAUAAUUAUAAGCUAGGUUUGCCUCUACUAAGAUAUUCAUAGAUAACAUAUAUAGCCAAAAUAAUAGCAAGCCCUGAUGUUAUAAUUUAUUGGCGUGGGCCGUAUGCAUGUUAUGCAGGAUGUGUUUCAUUUGAUUUGUCAUUUAAUCCACAUGAAUAAAUGAUUGAUAUAUAUUUAAGAAAUGUAAA